AUGAGGACAUCCAAACACCUCCUGCUCCUCAUCCCAUUCAUACAACCCUCCCUUCAAGCCGACCCCAAGGAUCUCACCUCCCACGUAAACCUCUUCCAAGGUACCGAGAAUGGCGGCAACAACUUCCCCGGCGCCGCCCGCCCCUUCGGCAUGGUCAAGCUCGGCCCCGACCUGCAAGACGGCAACACAGACGCCUACUCAGGCUACCUCGCCACAGGCGAAUUCUCCGGAUUUAGCAUGAUGCACGAACAGGGCACAGGCGGGGCCCCCAAGUACGGGACGGUCGCCCAGCUGCCCCUCGCGGGCGAUGACGAGCUCAACGAUCCUCUGGCCAGCGUCACCGUUGGGCGCAAGGGCACCGACGAAGCCUCGGUGGGUUACUACAGCGCGCGCACGGACGACGACGUGCUCGUCGAGUUGAGCGCCGCUGCUAGGGCUGGCAUCUACCGGUAUACCUUUCCGGAGGGAGCGGCGCAGAAGAAGGUGCUUGUGGAUGUAUCGCAUGUGCUGCCGUCGCAUCGCGGACAGGGCCUGGGUCAGGCGUAUCGAGGAGGCAAUGUUAGUGUGUUUGAGGAUGGGAGGUAUGAGGGGAGUGGGGUGUAUGAUAAUGGGUGGAAUCGCUCGCCUGAGUGGACGAUUCAUUUCUGUGGCUAUUUUGAUCCCAAGCCCAGCAGCAGCAAAGCUUAUGUUGGAAAGGACGGAGAGGAUAGUACCGAGCAGGACGACGGAGUCGCGUCGUCGUCGUCGGGCGAUACCCGUGUCGGGGCUGUCUUUUCCUUCAAGGAGAACGUCGUGACUUCUCGCGUGGGCAUCUCCUGGAUCUCUACGAAGCAGGCGUGCGAGAACGUGAAGAAGGAGAUCCCUGAGGGUACUUCCCUCGAGACAGUCGUGCGGGACGCAGAGUCGGAAUGGACCUCCAAGGUGCUAUCCAAGGUGUCCACGACCAAUACCAACAAGACAUCCCUCUCGCUCCUAUACUCCGCUCUCUACUUCAUGCACAUCAUUCCCACGAACCAGACCGGCGAGAACCCCGGCUGGACAUCCUCCGAGCCCUACUACCAAGAUAUCUUCACUUUCUGGGACCUCUUCCGCUGCUCCACCCCCCUCUUCCACAUCCUCCAACCCAAAACCUACACCGAAUUCCUCCGUUCCCUAAUCGACAUCGCCAAGCACGACGGCUACCUGCCCGACGCGCGAUCCUCGAACUACAAUGGCCGCUCCCAAGGCGGCUCCAACGCAGACAACAUCCUCGCCGACGCCUACGUCAAAGGCGUCCGCGACCCAUCCCUCGACUGGACAGCCGCCUACAGCGCCAUGCACAAAGACGCCGAAGUCGCGCCGCCCAACACCAAUCCACCCGACGCCAUGGCGCCGGACUCCUCCACCAAAGAAGGCCGCAGCGCCCUCCCCGACUGGCUGCGUCUCGGCUACAUCACGCCGAAGUACUCCCGCGCUGUGUCCCGCGCCGUCGAGUACGCGGGCAACGACUUCGCGCUGUACCAGGUUGCCGCUGGGUUGGAGAAGACGGCUGACGCGAAGAAGUACUUGGGGCGCUCGCGAAACUGGCGUAACCAUUGGAAUAAGAAGGCUGAGUCGAAGGGGUUCGAGGGCUUCGUGGGGCCUCGGGAUGAGAACGGCACGUUUCUCGACCCUGGGGAUUUGACGGCGUCUGGGUAUUGGGGCGAUGCAUUCUAUGAGGCGAGCCCGUGGGCUUACUCGUUUGGGGCAGUGCAUGAUAUGGCGCACACGGUGGAGUUAAUGGGUGGGGAGGAGACGGCGAGAAAGCGGUUGGAUGCUAUGUUUGAGGAAGAUGAUGAGGGGAAGAGUAUUUUUGAUGCGACGAAUGAGCCCAUGUUCAAUACUCCCUAUCUCUACCACUUCAUCGACAGCCCACACAUCUCAACCAAGCAGUCCCGAGCCGUCGCCAAACAAUCCUACAAAGACACCGUCGACGGCCUCCCCGGUAACAGCGACGCAGGCGCCAUGCAGACCUGGCUGCUCUGGAACAUGAUUGGAUUGUACCCGCUCACCGGGCAGACUACGUUCCUUAUCCACGCGCCGUGGUUCGAGGCCCUGACGAUCGAGCUGGGCGGGGGACGGAAGCUGGAGGUGACGACUAGUGGCGGCGACGGCAACGGAGGGGGGGCGAUCCAAGUGCAGCGGCUGAAAGUUAACGGGAAGGAGUGGAAGAAGAGUUGGCUGGCUUGGGAGGACGUGUUUGCUGAGGGAGGGAAGUUGGAGUUUGAGUUGGGGGAGAAGGAGAGUGAGUGGUUCAAUGGGGAGGGGCCGCCGAGUCCGGCGAGUUAG